CACUUGAAUAUAUACUCUUUGUACUAUUCUCCUGUAUACAAUGUUAAAGUUGUAUUUUUGUAAAAUUACACUCAGUUCAAUCUAUUUGCAGUUGUCUCAUUUAUUUAUACCCAUUUCAUAAAAUAUGUGCAGGGGGUCUCUCGUUAGGAAAACUUUUUUAAAAAUCCACAAAUUGUAAUGUUUACAAAACAAUUAUUUUAUUCUUGAACUACUUGGCCAAACUUUUUAAGUACAAUCCAAGAUUUGUGUAACUAAGGUUUGCAUUGCAAAUAUUUUGAUUUAAUUGUGCAGAAAAUUGGAUUUAAAAAUAUUCUAAAACAAAAUGAAGCCUGGGUUUGGGUACUUUCUUCUAUUUAUAAAAUGUAUUGUUACAUAUUUUAAAACUUCCUAACUUCAUACACUGCAAUUUACAUUCCCUAAACAAUAAACAUUUAACAGCUUGCUUACAAUAUACAUUUAUGUAUUAUACAAUAUAAAUAGAACUAAAAGUCCAAUUUUCUGAUAUUAAAUAACCAUUGCAAGGAGUCUCACUGGUUCUGAGUAAUAAUUGUAGCUCCCAUCAACUUUUGUUUUAGUUCUGUCUUGUUAUAUGAAAGGAAAAAAUACAGAUUUUUUAGACUUUUAUAGAGGGAACUGUGGAAAUCUAAUAACUACAGAAAGUACCACACUCAGGAUAGUGUGAGACUUUCACUCACUAAAACCACUUAAUACUUUUCAUUGAAUUGAAAUUCAGCCCUGAAACACUGUAUUUAAAGAGAAAAACACCUUAGACGAUGUUCCAGAUUGACCACAUUAUACCAGGCUGCACAUUAAUAAAUAACAUUUUUAUUAACAGAACAUUUAAAACAAAUUACCUACAUCAGGCUGGACAUUACAUCAAAAAUCUGCCAAAACGUAGCUCUUCUAAUACACCAAAUAUCUUUAACCCAUCUGAAUUGACAAAAUUACAACAGGUUACACAUUUACUUCAAGAAAUCUACAAAAACUCAAGUUGCUUCAUUUUACUAAAUAAUACCUAUCAUUGUCAUAAAUGUUUUCAAUUAUGCAACAACAUGACUUCUGUAAUAAAUCAUAUCUUUAACAUUUGUUUUAAUUCGCCACAAAGACUUCAGGUUUCUUAUUACCUCAUCACAGCUGUUUUCAAUUUCUUAUCAAAUACACCAUGUCAUAACACCCUGUUCUGAUUGGCCAUUCAUUUAGGCAUACCUCAUUGCAAAUGUUUUUAAUUGUGCAUCAAAGAGGUUUCUGCAGCACACCAUUCUUCCUUUUUAAUUGACCACAAGACUUCAAGCUUUUUAUUACCUCUUCACUCAUUUGCUGAAGAUCAUUCUUCUCUCAUGAAAAUGAGAACUGCAUAAUCUUAAUGACUGCUUCGUCAAGAUGCCUUUGAAUUAUAUCCUAUCUCUUAUUUCCACCUUUAAUCUCAUGAGAUUCUAUCUCAACCAGAAUAUUACCCAUAGUUAAAAUCUGGAAAAGUCAACUAUCUCAGUUAAAAUAUGAUUACAAAACCAAAGCGUUUUUUGUCUUUUAAAAAAAUUGCAUUUUUUGAAUCCAGAUUCAAAAAAGGAAUCCUUCUGUCUGACCUACCAUCUUUAAACUGAUUCUCUAAUUUCUCAUGGUAGAAAUCCUGUGAAUUCAUGAAGCCUAUAUCUAAUAAUACUCACUGCCUGGAGCACAAAUAUAUUAGAGUAUACUACAAAAAUAAAGUUAAAUAUUAACAAAAUUCUUACAUAUUUAUGCUAUAGUGAUGGUUCAUCUGUGGUAGCUCCAUGAUAGUCAUCCAUGGUUAAGAUACUUAGUUGGUGUCAGUGGCAAUCUGUGGUGCUCAUCAGGCUCAUGGAAGAAUUCCGAGAAUUCCCAUGAAUCCACGGGCCCUACAUCUAUGACACUCUCUUUCAUGGAACAGAGCAGAACAGAGAGUGCAGCAGUAGCGUGCAGAUUGGUUAGUGCAGGCCACUCAUCAGACACGGGUUGUGUUCUGGUGCAGAACAAGCCGUUGCAGACCAUAGGAGGCAGAUCAGCGACAGUUAGGGAGCUGGAAGCAGAGCUGCGGGCCGUAGUAGACUGCUAGUAGGCGCAAUUCAUGUAACGUAAUGGCGGGCAAGGUUGUUACGAGAACAUGGUGUUUGUAUCGGUGGACACGUAGUACGCAAGUGACCAGUUUUUCCUUCUUCAAUACUUUUUCACAAUGUUCGAAAAAAGAAAUUGGACAACCUUUAUUUUUAUGCCCUGCUUUCACCCCAGUGACCUUGUUCUCACAAAAUGCAGCGCCGAAACAACCUGACGAAAAAAAUAAACGCCUUAAAAGCGGAACGUACACUAGAAUAACGUUAAUUGAGUCUGACGGAAAUGUAACCAUUACUUCAUUGGAAGAAGCAGAAAAAGUGGCAAAAAGACGAGAUAUGAAACUUGUAAAAAUUAACGACAAGCAAGCUGCCAACCAAAGAUCUACGUAUAAAAUGAUGACAUCCACGCAGUAUUUUCAUGAAGAAUUGAAGUCCAGAAAGACAAGGACAGAAAAAAAGAAAACUGAAAUGAAAGGAGAAAAACUUUUAUCAAUGUCAGACAAAAUUGACAAACACGACCUCGAAGCAAAAUUGAAAAUGGUGAAUAAAUGGUUGCAUAAGAAGUACGAAGUCCGGGUUAUUAUUAAUGAAAGUGAAGAAUCGUUAUCUACAUCUGUAUUUAAGUUUAUUGAAACUUCAGUAAAAGAAAUAGGAAAGAUUGUUCAGAAGCGACAGAAGGAAAAAGAAAUAAAAUUUUCAAUAUUGCCUAUCACCCCCAAAGGAACUAAAUCAGAAGAGACUACUAUUAGUGAUUCAAGAUAUUAAUUUCUUCAUCUAGAAGGGAAAGCUGUGUGGAAAGGUCUUAUACAUUUUUUUUCAUUCCCCCAAAAGUAUCUGUGACCUAUGAAAAAAAUAAAUAUUUGUUAAAGCCGCUUUAUUUAUUUAUUUAUUAUUAUUAUUAUUAUUAUUAUUAUUAUUAUUAUUAUUAUUAUUAUUUUGUGACAUAAUAUUUACAACUGUUGCACUGACAUUGAAUUAUCAGUGUUACUAUGGAAAAUAAUACUCAAUUAUUUUAUGAACUUUUGGAACUAUUCACGAACAUUGUGGAAAAAUAAUAAUCCAUGGUGCAAAGAUCCAUGGUCAAUAAAACUAAUGUACCUUCCAGAGUAUAAAUUGUAGAAACUUAAUAGAUUUGAAACUAAGACUGAAUUGAAAUGUUGUAGAGUAAAAUAUUAUUUCUGAUUGCUGUAGUGAUUCACACAUGUUUACUGUGGCUAAGGAAGUUCAAAUUAUUGGGUGUGAAUGCUAAAAACAAUUGGCCAUGCUCAGAUGGUAAUUUAAGCAACCUUGGGAUAAUUUCUUUUAAUAUAUGAGGGAGAAAAAUAAUACCUUUAACAAGUAGUGUUUGUUCAUGUUACAUUCAGAAUGGUACAUUUUCCAGAAAACUUCAACCAUGCCCAUAAUGCAAAAGAAGAGAGAAUGGGGGCUUGAAUACUGAUAUCAGAAUAUUUUCAUGACAUAAUAUUUACAUCAACUGCAAUUGAAACUUGUUUUGUUCAUGAACAUAGAGGAAGAUAUUGUCAGUAGUGCAAAGAGUUGAUAAAACUAACAGAACUUUGAAAGUGUAAGCUAUGGAAACUUAGUAGACUUGAGAAUAAGACUGAACAGUUAUCCAGGGUAUGAUGAUUGUUAUAGAGACUAGCAUAUAAUUACCACAGCCAAGGGAGUUCAGAUGAUUGCACCUAUGUGAAAUCUAAAUAAAAUAAUUAUAAUAAAAACAACAACAUCCUUGUCUAAGUCCAAUAAUUUGGGGGAAUGCUGUUGUGAAUCUUCCAUCUGUGUUUUAGUUUUUGAUUUCUUGUACAGACUCUUGUUGGCUUCUAUUAAGUGUAUAUCAAUCUUGCUCCAGAAUUUCUCAUAGUCUGUUUCUAUUCACAGUCACAUACUUUUUCAUGGUCUACAAAGAGCAAAAACCGGCAAGUUUUGUUCACAUCUUUUAUCUAUUUGAUCUAGUGAAACAUCAAUCUUACUGAAAGUCACAUUCUUCUUCAUCCAUUAAGAGGGGCUUCACUGUGUUUUAGUACGACUUGAAAAUAAUUGUGUACACCUUGCAGGCCACAGUUUGUACUGUGAACUGUAUAUAGUUUGCACGUUUGUUUUGUGCUCCCUUUUUGUAAAUCAUUACUAUUCCAGUUUGCUAUUGAAAACUAUAAAUAUUUGCACAUGACAAUGAAACUAGAACAUUGAAUGAUUUAUUCAUUAUUUAUGUUAAGCAAAACGUGGGAAGUUCAUAUAUAUUGUCCACAGUACUUUGUGUAUUUUCCCUAAAUUCUAAAAAUUGAACCCUAAAUUCUGAAAAGGCUGGAAAUAAAAGAAGUAUCUUAGAUUAUUGUUUUGUCUUCCAGAAGAUACAAUAAUUGCAUUUUAAAAAAAAUAUAUGUUUCAUGUUCUAGGUACAUGAAUAAUUAGAAGUACUAUGUUUCCUAUCAGAGCUGCUAAAAUUCUCCUCCACACAUCGGCUGACUUGGGCCUAGCUAUUUACCUUGUGUUAUAAAUCUGUACCAUUCAAACUUGUACGUAGGACCUCCCUUUGGGUUCAUUGCAGAGUCAGUGGCUCUGAGCUUAUCACUGCCAGUGAGAUGUGUUGGCUUUGUAAUUAUUUAAUUGUAAGGUAUUACAAACCACAGGAAAACAUAAUCUUGCCUAUGAAAAGUAAAAGAAACCCUGGAUUCACUUGGGCCUCAUAUAAGCAGCCUAUGGAUCUGCAGAUAAGUUUUUCAAGCAUUUCCUCUUGCUUUUCUGAGCUUUUCAUUUCCUGUUUCAGUUAAGAGCUGUCAGUAUUUAGAUGAAUGUCAUGAGUAUAUUGUGUGCGCUACUGGUAACUAUAUGACUAAAUGAACAUAUUUUGUAUGUACUACUGGUAAAAAUGUAAAUCAAUAAAUGGUAUUGAAAUAUGAAUUUUAUAAUUGUGAUCAUUGAAUUGUUUAGUAUAUAAAUGGUAUAAAUUAAAAAAUUAAUA